UGAAACAACCAAGAAGGCGGUUAUCAAAAUCGGUAAAAUCACGAACAAAGAAAUCAUCGAUAACGAAGAAAAAACCAUGUUCAAACUCACGUUAAACAACGCGAUCGAAGAAGCCAAUAAAAGAAUCUGCGAAAAAAUCAUCAAAAAACAUCAAGAUCUUUUCGAUGAAAUCGAGAGUAAAAUCAACACCUCUUACAAAGAAGAACUCUUUGAAUUUUUAGACAGUACCAUCGAAGAUUUUGUCACCGAUGAUAUCGAUAAAUUUAUAUUCGCGUCAAUCUUUCGUACAUUUACCAAACAUUACUACUUUCACGUUCCUGUUGGUGAAGAAUACAAUCUGCUUACAAAAGAUGAAAAAAUCUUUUUCAAGAAUUUAUUGAAACAUGUAAUUGAAUAUCAAGAAGAAAAAUUUGGUAAAACAUCGUUGAAAAUACUUAAAAUUAUAAAUGGAAUUGAAAAAAAAAUUGAAAAAUCCUCUAAAAGAAAAUUAUUCAGAUACUUGAAUUUACUAUUUUGUAAUAUUAUUAUUAACAAAUAG